ACUGAUUCUAAAAAACAAAGGAGGCUACCCAUGUGAAGGCUACCUUGAAGUCUACCAUAACAACAUAUGGGGUUAUGUUGGGGAUACACACUGGGACAAGAACACUGAAAAAGUGGUUUGUAAGAGCACUCACUGUGGGGAAACCUGUGGAGAACCCAGUAAUAGACAUUCUUAAGCCUUCUGAAGACAGACCGAUCUGGCUCAAUGAACUGAAGUGUGAAGGACACGAGAGCGCUCUGUGGAAAUGUAAACAUCCUGGUUGGAAGUCCAGCUAUUACUCAAAGCUCACAGUGAAAAAACUUAAGUGUUCAAGUAAUAUCACAUUGAGCCUGGAUAGACACAAAUGUGCUGGAGCUGUCAAGUACUCCAUUGAUGGCAAACCUCCGGGUUACUUUUGUAACAACAGCAUUGGUGAAAAAGAAGCCAGGCUUCUGUGUAAAAAUCUCGGGUGUGGUGGACUCAGAGAAAUUCCUCCCUCAGAGAGUAUGGUUAGUGAUAAUUUCAGGGACUCAUCAAAGAUGAAGAUCGAUUGUUCAGCCUUUAAAAAUGCAGAUCCAGAUCAUCUGUGGCAGUGUGUGAAUGGCGAACAGGACAAUUCAGCAUCAUGCAAACCUGUUUCUGUCAUAUGUGAAGGUUAUACGAGACUGCAGCUCAAAGGAAACCAGUCAAAUGUGUGUUCUGGGCAGCUGGAAAAAGAAGAAAAUAACAACUGGGUACCUGUUCAACAGGACAACUUUGAUUUUGAUGUGUGCCAGCAAAUGCACUGCGGUAACUCUCUCAGCCCAAACAACCGCACAAACAAAAACCUUAAUGUGACAUGCACAGGCAGUGUGGAGGUGAAACUGGCAGAUGGUCCUGGAAGAUGUGCUGGAAGAUUGGAGAUAAAGCAUGAGGGCCAGUGGAAGAAAGUUCCUGAAAAGGAUGGACAGACGCUCAAUCAGCAGCUGUCUGCAAACAACUGCAAUGUGGGGAAAAGGCAAAACUGA